AUGUUAACUAUAAAGUGCCUUCAUGUGCAAAGCCACCAUGUUGAAAACCAUGUACAUUACCAACGUACACCUAACCUACUGCUACACCUGACCUGCAUUAGACCUCCACAAAAGAGUCACACAAAAAAAACUAUCAUACCCAUACAUCUUAACUUGCUGCCACAGAACUAUACCAUGCAUUGCAUACCAUUUUCAAGCAAAUCUCACCAUAAACACAUACUUAAACCUACUAACUCUUUUCUCCAAAGCCUCAUAUUCCAUUUCACACCAUAUAAAGCCUUUCGAACUAUUAACCAAAAAAAUAGUCCAUUCAUUACAUUCAAAAUAAAGCCAAAUCAAAGGAAAUAA